UUUACAAAAUCCAAAAACAAACUCUCUCUCUCUCUCUCUCUCUCUCUCUCCCUCUCCCUCUCCCUCUCCAUCAUCAACUGCACCGCCACGCUUCCUUCUAUUGUGUUCCCCAUGCGCAUCCUUCAACUCUUUUCCUCUCUCUGCCUUCCAAUUUCAUCCCCUUAUUCUUCUCUUUGGAAACCCAUUUCUCGCAUCUCUUUUUAAUGGAUACCACUGCCUUUCACUCUACAUUUCUACUUGUCCCUUUCCUUAAACUGGGCGGUAGAAUUUGAAAACCAACGUCAUUUCAGAUAUUGGGCAAGUCGGAGCGGAAAUGGUGGCUGAAGCUUGGAUACUGAAGAUGGGUAACCAGGUAAGUACCAAUAUCAAGCACGCACUCCUUCUCGAACCUUACAAAAAGAAGAACCCAAAAAGACCAGAUACCAAACAAAGAGAAACUAUUGGAAUCCUUUCUUUUGAAGUUGCUAAUGUCAUGUCCAAAACUGUAAAUCUCCAUAAAUCCCUCACCGAUUCCGAGGUCUCCAAGCUUAAAGCCGAGAUCUUGAAAUCUGAGGGAGUUAACAACUUAGUUUCCACCGAUGAAAAUUACCUUCUCCAGCUUGCUUUAGCUGAGAAGCUCUAUGACCUCAGCCGGGUCGCUAGUGUUGUUUCUAGGCUUGGCAAGAAGUGUUCUGAGCCUGCUUUGCAGGGUUUUGAGCAUGUUUAUGGGGAUAUGGUGAGUGGGAUCAUUGACGUGAAGCAGUUGGGAUUUUUAGUUAAGGAUAUGGAGGGGAUGGUUAGGAAAAUGGAGAGGUAUGUUAAUGCAACCUCUAAUUUGUGUGCGGAAAUGGAGGUGUUAAAUGAACUGGAGCAGGCUACCAAGAAAUUCCAGCAGAACCAGCACGAGGAGAGUCGCAGAGCUUUUGAGCAGAAGUUUAUUUGGCAAAAGCAGGAUGUUAGGCAUCUUAAGGAGAUUUCGCUUUGGAACCAGACUUAUGAUAAGGUUGUCGAGUUGUUAGCUAGGACAGUUUGUACUAUUUAUGCUAGGAUUUGUGUGGUGUUUGGGGAAUCUAUGUUGAGGAAGGAGAGCUGUGGGGCUAAUGGAGAGAUUGGUUCUUCCCCUCUUAUGAAGGGUGAAUGUGGGGAGUUUUCAGGUCAGAUAAUGAUUUCAGGACAUCUGAAACGGGCUAUUAGCAGGAAAAGCAGUAAUGGUUUUCAAUCGGGACCUACUGAGAGACCAGCGGUGGUGAAAAGAGCGACGAGUAUCAAAUCUAGAAUUGAUUCACGGAGAGGUGAAGAAACAUUAUUUCCAACUGAAGAAAUCAUUUUUCCAUGUGGGGCUAGUCCUGGAAGGCUAUUCAUGGAUUGCCUGAGUUUGAGUAGUUCUGCCUCUAAAUUGGAUAACGUUGAGGAUGAUGUUAUUGAUAAUGAAGACAGGGGUAGCCAAAUUUCUGGUUGUUGUAGCGGUGGUAAUGGUGGCAUGAAGAGAGAGCACCCAAGCAUUUCAGCUUGUUCUAAUCGAAUCCCAAGUGGUGUCUCUUUCAGUGGAGAUCAUAGACAAGCUAGGUUUGGUGUUAUGAAUGCCUGGUUUGCCCCCAAAAGUAGGUUAACAGAGCAUGCUUCAACUUCCACAGUGGGAGGAUCUGCUCUUGCCUUGCGUUAUGCAAACAUCAUCAUAGUUAUAGAAAAGCUGCUUCGCUAUCCCCAUUUAGUUGGUGAGGAAGCCAGGGACGAUUUAUAUCAGAUGUUACCAACAAGCUUAAGAAUGUGUUUGAGGACUACUCUCAAGUCUUAUGUCAAGAAUCUGGCUAUAUAUGAUGCUCUGCUUGCCCAUGAUUGGAAAGAAACUCUUGAUAGGAUUUUAAGGUGGCUUGCUCCGUUGGCACAUAACAUGAUCAGAUGGCAAAGUGAACGUAAUUUUGAGCAGCAUCAAAUUGUCAAAAGGACAAAUGUUCUGCUGCUUCAGACAUUGUAUUUUGCUGACAGGGGAAAGACAGAAGCUGCUAUUUGUGAGCUUCUUGUUGGGUUGAAUUACAUAUGUCGUUAUGAACAUCAGCAAAAUGCUCUAUUGGACUGUGCAAGUAGCUUUGAUUUUGAAGACUGUAUGCAAUGGCAAAUGCAGUGCCGAGCUGCUUUUGUUGAUUAAUUUCAUUGCUGAAUUUAGAUAAUUGAAAAAGUUUGUAAAGCGUAGUUGUUGACUCUUGAUACUUGUAUGAAGACACAAAUGACAGUUCAACAGGAUCAAUAUCUUAGCUUUGCAAAUCAAUGACUUGCAUUGUAGAAGAUGUGAGUUGAUCAAUGUACUUUUCUCCCAGGUAUUGGAAAAUUUUGACGUUUGAAGUACAUAAAUUUAAUUAUUUACGGGGAAAAAAGUAUCUUUUUCUGUGUAAUGUGCAUAUUUUGUGUACAAUAUUUCUGUUUUUGCUUGUAAAUGUUCCGUUGGAUUUCUUUUUUGUUUUACA